UGCCGUGGUAAGAUUGCCUCGUUGCCAUGAUCGAUUCGGCACCGACAUCGAUUAAACGAAAUAUCAUGACACCUGACCGUCGUCGGGUGCACUCGGCGUAAGUUACGGUUUACACGCGGUAUUGUAUUACAUUAGGCCGACGGUCAUGACAACGGAGUACAGCGAGCGCGGUGACGAGGAGAGGGCCGCGACCCACCCGGGCUCGACCGCCCCCUUACAUUCGAAAUCGUUCAAGCUGCGGUUCGCGUUCCAGCGCGAGCUCGGGCGCUCCGACGUGUCCGCAGUGAAGCCGCUGGGACUACCCGCGGUGGUGAGGGCCAAGUUCUACCGGCGCGAGGGGGAGGGGGAGGUGGACGAGCGCCGGGCGGAGCGCGCGCUGGCCCGCGUGCGCGACAUGUUCGGGCGCGGCCCGCGCGACAUGUACUGCGAGCCCGUCACCACUUCGCACGAGUACGGCUGGUGGUGGCAGUGGGCGCGCCCGCAGACCGACCGCCGCCUGCGCCACCACAUACAAGACUCGGCGUGGCUCAAAGAGCGCCUGCGAGUACUCGCCACAGACGACGGAAUUAAGCGACGAAGCCAAUAGCUUUCUUUCAAUUUUGGUUGUAAUCAUUUUUAAUUUUAG